AUGCCCGAGAUCCCCCGCCACAGGGCGCAGAGAGGGGCUGGCAGCCGUUCCCUCCCCGCUGCACACCUGGGGCAGGCUCCGGCCGCCUGCAUCAGCCUCACGCCCCCGCUGCACUCCUGCUCCUCCCGCGGGUCACCCUCGACCCGGCCCGCAACCCAGGGCUGGCUGGGCAGCGCUUGCUGCUGGGGCGCUCCCGUGGGAGGCGUUUUAGAGGGCAAAGUUCUUAAGUUAAAGGAUGCUGGAGACACAAACAAGCCAUGUUUGCACGUCCUGGCCAUCGCCUUCGCCCUGGAGGUGUCGGUGGGGAAAACCAACACGGUGACAGCUCUGAAUAACUCCAAUGUCCUGCUGCCCUGCACCUUCGCCACCUGCAUAGGCUUCCAGGACCUGGUCUUCAAAUGGUAUUUCAACACGACAGAGCUGAUUUACCACGGCAAGAUAAAGGCCAAGACCACGGAGCCCACCCUGGUGUGGCACAACCCGCGGGUGGAGUUUGUGGGCUCCACCACCAAGAAGGACAACAACAUCUCCAUCGUGCUGAACGGCGUGGAGUUCAGCGAUGCUGGCAAGUACACCUGCUACGUCAAGAACCCCAAGGAGAGGAACGCCGAGCAGAACGCCACCAUCUUCCUCACCGUGGUGCACAAGAUGGUGGAGACGGACAACACUGUGACCGUCAUCAUCCUGAGCGUGGUGGGGGGGCUCAUCGGCCUCCUCAUCCUCUUCAUGCUCAUCAAGAGGGUGGUGCUGUUCAUCAUCAAGAAGAUGCAGGACGGGAAGAAGGAGUGUCUGGUGAGCUCGUCAGGGAACGACAACACCGAGAACGGCCUGGCCGGCUCCAAGGCGGAACAAAAAGCUCCACCAAAGGCAUGAACGGAGCAGCGGCGCCCCGCGCCCGCCUCGCCCCGCCGCGGCAGCCCGGGCACGGGACCGGCCUUCCCCUUUUGUUUUCUUUCCGAACUGCCAGCGCUUGAGACAUGUUUCGAUUACACACGUGCCUGCAACCUGCACUGCUUCUCCGACAGGGCUGCGGCUGCCGGGGGAACUGGGAGCUUCUCGCGGACUCGCACUGGGAGGCUGCUGGGUUGAGCACAGGCAAGAGGGUGCCGGGCAGGGUGGGUGCCGUGCCAGGGCCGGGUGCUGGCACCGGGGCCCGCUGGGUGCUGAGCUGGGGUGGCUGGGAGCGGUUUCUGGAGGAGGAUGCUCAGAGCCGGCCGUGCAGAUGGCGAGGGGGGAAGCAGGGAGGAUGCAGGGCUGUGAUAAGCACACCGGAGAACCAAAUCAGCGACAGGGCCCUGGCUGUGCCUCGGUGCCCCCCUCCCACGGCACGGCUGGGCAGGUGCCCGUGUCCCAGGGCAUCCCUGGGGGCAGGGGGCUUCUCCCCAGGCAGCCAUCCAGCUUGGUGCUGCUCCCUCCCCUCUCUCUGGAGCUCGGUGCUUUUGAUGCCGGUGCCAAGGCUGAGCUCGUUACGUGGAUGUUUCUGUGUGAGAUUCCAGGGGAAAGCAGCCAAUCGUGUUUCCCUUUCACCGCGGCAGGGAGGGAGCACAGCCGAGCCCAGGCCAGGGGAGCCGGGCUGGGGCUGUGCCACCGACCCGUUGGGCAACCCUGGGCAAGUUGCUCUGCCUCUCCAUGCCUCAGUUUCCCCGUCUGUAAAAUGGGGACAAAAAUACUGCUCUACCUCACGGGGUGGGUGUGAGGUUUCCUUGGCUCUGAGGGGUGAGUGGACUCACAGGACGUAAGACACAAAGUGGGCAAGCUACAUCUGAGCUUGACAAUUUCCUUUAAAACAUGAUUUGUUCCCUUAUUAUUUCUCCAAUUUGUGGGUGUCUGACAGUGACACAGCAGGACAGGCAGCUCCCCUGGCCUCACAGUAAAUUGGGAUUCUCAGCAGAGCUUGCUGUGGGGUGCCCUGGCAGAGGUGCUGCAGUGGGAGCAGGUGAGGAUUUGGUGGCCAAGGUGACAAGGAAAGGCUGGGUGCUACUUUCUCUGGAGAUGCUGGAGCACAGCGGGCUGGUCAGCCCAGGCUGGGCCUGGGGACACCCAUUGGAGCAGGGCUGUGUGCUCAGGGCAGGGCACAGGCACUGGGGCACAGGGGACAGUCCCUUGGCUGUUGAUAAGACAGGCAAGUGGGAGUCAGGACCUGAUCUUCUCCCUGAGGGUCUGUAGGACCCAAUCUGUGCUUCAGUGUCCCCACCUGCAUGCUGGGGACAGUCUGAGCUACCUCUGAGGAGGGAUGGGGCACCCUGCGCGGCUCUGCACAGCCCCUGGUGGAAGGUGCCACCCUGUGCCAGGUGUUGUGCCCUGUGCCGGGUGUUGUGAUGCGCCAGGUGUUGUGAUGCGCCAGGUGUUGUGAUGCGCCAGGUGUUGUGCCCUGUGCCAGGUGUUGUGCCCUGUGCCAGGUGUUGUGAUGCACCAGGUGUUGUGCCCUGUGCCAGGUGUUGUGACGUGCCAGGUGUUGUGACACCACCAGCACCACCUGGGAGGAGCCCGAGACCUCCCAGCCACCCCGAGAGACCCCAGCCUGCCCUGAGGAGCCCUCCCGCGGGGGAGGACAGCGAGGAGGCGACGGAGGGAGUUUUUUAAAGACUAUUUUUAGCUGUCCUGACCUGUUGGGCCUUUUUUAGCCGGCGCGUGGACGCGGCUCCACUUCCCGCCGGAUAUGCAAUGCUGCACUAUGCAUGGGUUACUACAAUAAUAAAUAAUAAAGCUUCGAUCCUGGCCUUUUUGUCGAGCCACGCAGGAUGGUCUGGGAGCCUCCAUGGAGCUUUCCCGAGCUCUGUGAAGCCUGCUACAGAUUACUCCUGUGGCUCGCUGGGAAACGGCCACUAAAGCACUUUUGGGAAUGCGACCCCGCGCUCACACGGGUGCUCCGGGGGAGCGGGCUGCCCUGGGGGCUUGUGCCAGCACCUGCGGGGUCCCUGCUGUCCCCAGGGCUUUGUGGGGGCUGCGGGGGCACCCUGAGGUGUGUGCUGCCACAGACACGUGUGUGUGUCCAAGCACAGGUGGAGCUGCGUGGGGGAAGCUGGGGGUAAGCACAGGGGGGUGUGCGCCGGGCUCUGUGAUGACUUACAGCACAUCUUUGCACUGUAGAGGUUUAGUUAGCUUUGCCUUGAAUGAAAUAAAGUUUACGUUUACUAGAGAAA